UUUUCUUAGAUAAUACAAAGUGCUGUAAUCCAACAGUUUGAGACUAGAUCAACAUCGAUCGUCAGAACUGAACAAGUAUGGAUUUUUCAAAGGUCUCUAACGAUUCUGUGGGUAUUGAUGAACAUCGCUUUUCGGAAAGCAAUGGUACAUCAUCAAGCAACAACAGCCUGACUGCAGUCGUAAUGGAUCCUCUAGCAGUGGCAUUGAAGUUGACAUCAUGCUCAAUUAUUGGGACUCUGUCGAUUAUUGGAAAUAUCCUUGUAAUCUUUGUGGUUUUUCGAGUAGCCCGUAUGAAAACCACCACCUUCUAUCUGAUCGUGAACAUGUCGUUCAGCGACAUUCUCUUCACGUUGAUUUCGAUGCCACCAUUCAUGCUUGCUGUGCUGGGCCAUGGCUUAGUGUUUGGCGGUAAGGCCGGGACGUUCAUUUGUAAGUUUGUCAAUCCUUCGUCGUUUGGAUUGAUGGCAAGUUCAGUGCUCACGAUGACUGCUAUUGCUCUCGAUCGUUUCCUUGCUAUCAAACACCCAUUACAAGCCAUGAUGGGCACACGAAUGCUGAAGGGAAUAAUCAUUUCUAUAUGGGCUGCCAGCCUGAUCGUGUCGCUGCCAUUGGUGUUCUCGUACGAGCUCAAGGAAGAAAAAAACUUCUAUUACUGCGAAGAAAAAUGGUCUUCUUCCGACACCGACAACAACCUUGCCUCGCGUGUCUACACCAUAGUAUUAUUCAUCAUCAUUUACUGCGUACCCUUUUUAAGCAUGGCUAUUCUCUACUACAGUUUAGCCCACCAUUUGUGGUGUAAAAAGAUACCUAAUAACUUCCACCCGAUUCAGAGAUAUUUAAUCAUUUGCCGUCGCAGAGUGGUUAGGAUGCUUGUUGCUGUUUUGUUCUGCUUCAUCGUUUGUUGGCUACCCCUACAAGUCGUUACCUUUUCAGCGUAUUUCCAAGAAGACAUUCAAAUAUCACCCAACGUGAUUUUUGCAGUCGAGAUGUUAAUCAGAGCCAACGGAGCUAUCAAUCCCUUUCUGUACCUUAUUUUUAGUCGCACUUUUCGACAAGCAGCCAUCAAAGCUUUUCGCUUUUGCUUCAAACGACACGAGUUUGCUUCCUCUCAGAAUGAUAAUAAACGAAAAGCAUCGUCUUUCCUGACGAUCGUGGCGAAUAACAAUCGAAUGGGGUCACUUAAGGCGGUAAAAAAGCAAGAAACUCCAAUAUGACGAUUCUAAUUCAAUAUUAUUAUUUAGUAUUCUUCGCCGAAGACUCGGCUCCUUUUCAAGGGUAUAUAAGAGCCGAAAACGCCUCAACUAUCCCCAUGUGCUUGGCUCACAUCACUUGGUAAUCACCAGCGUCGAUCUAUCACUUUUUCCGGCAGUAUAUUUGGGUAGAACAGAUCUUUCAGUAAACAUUAGAGUACUAUCUAUGCUUGCGUGCUGUUCGUUAUUAUAAUACUUGAUAUAAUUGCUAAUGAAAAACAUGCAUUUUUUUUAUCUUGGGGGAGGUGACAAAAACAUUUUUUUUUGAUAAUUUCCUGUUAUUUUUCAUAUGCGUGUAAACUAACAAAAAACCGACUACAAAAUAACCACAAAGCAGGGCGCCUCAACACAAAUCAAAAGUUAGUCGUGCGUAAGAGUAAAAAAAUAUUAUUGGAUGGAGUUGCGAACGGGUAAAUCGAAGGGCGAAAGGAACUAUGUUUACGCAUAACAAAUUACUAGAUUUUCUCGCUAUAUAUAUCAUCAUCAUUAUCCGCUAUGCCUGUGUAGCACGUAGGGCUGACACUAAGGACUUCUUUGUGUUAGUUUUCGUAGCAAUAAGUAAUAAGUGAUGGGGUUGCUGGUCCCAUGCACAUUGCCAAAGUCCUGUUAGCCAGCAUUACCCGUUGCCCCCUAUAACGCUAUAUAUAUAUAUAUAACCAAAAAGAAAUGGCUGAUUAGGAAUAUGAAAUGGCGCGCUUGUCUAUAUACUGCAAUAUAAGCAUGGUGGGAGCUAGAGAACAAGAGAGAAGUAGUACAGAAACACUUCGAGAUGUUGCUUAGCUAUGUUUUGACUUUUCGAUUGGUGCUCAAUCUAAACUCUCCCAGAGUGUUUGUAUCACAGUUUAUAUGAAGACACAAGCGGACGUUUUAUAUUGCUUUUAUAAAAUAAACAAAGCGUUUGAGCUGA